UUGCGCUCCGCUCCGCGCGCGCGCUGCAAAGAUGGCGGCGCUGAGUAAAUCCAUUCCCCACAGCUGCUACGAGAUCGGGCACACCUGGCACCCGCGGUGCUCCUGGGCUGUGCUGCACGUCACACAGAGCGCCCUGGCUGAGUCCCUCCGCAUCUACGGCACCCUCUACCUGAUUGCAGCUAUUCUCAGGAAACGAAAACUUGACUAUUAUUUGUACAAACUUCUACCUGAGAUCUUGCAGUCAACUUCCUUUCUGACGGCAAAUGGGACCUUGUAUAUUGCUUGCUUUUGCAUUCUAAGGAAGAUACUUGGAAAAUUCUACUUUUGGUCUCCUGGCUUUGGUGCUGCUUUACCAGCUUCUUACAUGGCUAUUCUCAUCGAAAGGAAAAGCAGGAGAGGCCUCCUCACAAUUUACAUGGCCAACCAAGCCACAGAAACAUUGUUCCGAAUGGCAGUAGCAAGAGGAGCUAUCACACCUUUAAGACAUGGAGAAGUCCUUUUGUUCUGCAUCACAGCUGCUCUGUUCAUGUUCUUCUUCAGAUGCAAAGACGGCUUGAAAGGAUUUACAUACUCUGCACUAAAGUUCAUUGUAGGGAAAGAAGAAAUCCCCACUCACUCUUUUUCACCCGAAGCAGCGUUUUCAAAAACAGAUAGAAAAAUCAAGCAUUGUGAAAAACUAUCACAGCCAAUGAACAUACUGGCUCUAACAAAAAAGCUCAUGGACAAAGUGUGCAAACAUGGCCCGAGGCAUAGAUGCUGUAAACACUAUGGAGAUAAUUGCAUCUCAUACUGUAUUAAAGGCUUCAUUAGGAUGUUUAGCAUUGGUUACCUGAUCCAGUGUUGCCUUCGGAUUCCUUCCACCUUCCGGCAUCUGUUUACACAACCAUCACGGCUAUUUUCCCUCUUCUACAACAAGGAAAAUUUCCAGCUUGGAGCUUUUUUGGGAUCUUUCGUCAGUAUAUACAAAGGCACAAGUUGCUUCCUGCGCUGGGUCCGGAACCUAGAUGAUGAGCUUCAUGCACUUGUAGCUGGGUGUCUAGCAGGGAUUUCUAUGAUGUUUUACAAAAGUACAACUAUCUCUAUGUAUCUGGUGUCCAAAUUAGUAGAGACUAUAUACUUUAAAGGCAUUGAAGCAGGGAAGGUUCCCUAUUUUCCUCAUGCAGACAGCAUCAUCUAUGCCAUUUCUACAUCGAUAUGCUUUCAGGCAGCUGUCAUGGAAGUUCAGAACCUGAGACCUUCAUACUGGAAAUUUCUUUUACGACUAACAAAGGGCAGGUUUGCUCUCAUGAACAGAAAAGUUUUAGAUGUGUUUGGCACUGAAGCAUCUAAGAACUUCAAGGAUUUCACACCUAAGCUUGACCCAAGAUACACAGUUGUGCCACCAGAGCUACCGCUGGAGCUGUCUUGAACACAACAGCCUGGCUUGUCAUUGAAUGUGAUUAGCAUUUUGUCCUGAAAAGUUAAUUAACUUGACAGUCGUAUGUAUGGAGGAGGGCUAGGGCUCCACUUCAGUAUUAUUUCAAUGAGAAAUGCUUUUUACCAAUCGAAAAUACUGCAGCUUUGCAGGAAGGUGUGGCUUAGUGAUUUAACCCCUUCUAUAAGCAGAAAAUAUUUUUGGAUUACUGUAUUGGUUGGCAGUAUGGUAGAAUCCUGAAUGAAUUAAACAAAUGAGUAAUAUAUUUAGAGAAGUAAAACAUAAAUACGCAUCAUAAUUUCAAAAACUCUGUAGUUCAUACCAAUAGAACAUUUACUGGUAAAACUAAAAGUUAUUAUUAAUUUAGAAAGAAAGACAACUGGCAUAGUUUAGGUCCAAAAUUUUACCUGGUCUUAGAAAUAGGUGAAAAUGCCUGCGUGGUUUUCUAAAUUGCAUCACUGAUUUGUCUCAAAAGAGCCACUACCCACUCAUUAGUUAAAAUUAGAGUAUUUUUGCACAGCUGUGGUUGCAAAAUAAGGCAUUCCUUAGGAAAAGAAAAUGCAUAUUGAUUCAGAAAUCACAUUCCAGGGCUGUAAAUUCCACUGAUGAUAUAGAUAACAGACAAGGAAAACAAGAAGGCGGUCCUGGUGGCUGCUGCGCUCCAAGGAGCAGUGGGUGUGGUGGUCAGCAUCUGCCAAGUGGAAAAGGACAAGCUGGCAGAGGAAGGAAUGAAACGUUCCAGCCUCUGAGAUGGUGCUGGAAACAGCAGACAGUUACAAAAAUAAAAAAGCCAAGAACAAAACAACACCCCCCCCAAAUAUACUGAAGUGAAAUGUUUAUUUUUAAAAGGGCUUGACAUUGUCUCCUUAGAUGGCAUCAGGUUGUUUGUCAGGCUGCUACGCCAGCCAGCGUUUCAAGCAUUUCUUUAGAAGAGAGCUAACCCCUGAGGUUAGACUGUUACAAGAGAACAGUUUUGACAAUCGUAUUAAUAGUGUUUUUUCCUUGUACUCGGUGAAGAAUGGUUUUGCAUCAGGCCAUCAGACAGCCAUGACUGGCACAGUUACAUUGAAUUUGAUAUGGUACUCAAUGCAAAUAACUACCUACACAAAGUCCAUCUCAUUUUUACCGUGCAUAUUUCUGCAGAUUUGUCUUCUAAAGUGAGACCUUGAUGUGCUAAUUGCCUUUUUUUUUUAACUUCUUUGGGGCUUUUUUUAUUUAGAAUCCAUUCAGGUGAUGCUGAAUGAUGUUCAUUGCCCUAGAACUUAAUGAAAAAAUGAACUAUAUUCACACUCAGCUGAAAAGAGGCAAGAUAAGCCAGGGAAUUGAAAUUGCAGUAGGUUGCAUGUAUUUUAAAAAUAAAAGAAGAAGAAAUCAGUGUUUUAUUGGAAGUCUUUGUCAAGUGACAUGAAUUGGACUAACUAAUAGACUCAUCGUCUUGUAACACUGUAAUCCUGCCCCAGAUAUGCCCCCUGCAUAUUUUAAUUCCGGUUAAUUGAAUACAGAAUAUGCAGUAAUUUUUAUCAGAUUUACAGAAUUGUUGUGAAAAUUGUACCAAUUUGUGCACAAAAUCUGUUUCUUCAUCAGCUACACUAACAGUGAUGCUUUAUCACUGUUACUAAAGGUGCUUCAUCCUUUAAAACAGUGGUUGUCCAGGUUAGUGUGAAUAAAUUUUGGCAAGCUAGUUUGUAUGCAAUAUUUUAUUGCUUGAAAUAUUAUAUUAAAAUUCCUCAAAAGGAAAUAAAAGUUAAUUCAACAAGAACUUUAAAAUGAUUGUAAUAGGUUUGUAGUGUUUUUCCACUGGAAUAUGGUCUGAAAUAUUUGACCUUGUAAAGUUUGAGAAGCUAUAUAUUUUAGGUGGUAUAUUAAAACUCACAUACUAUAUUAUGAAUACUUUCUAGUGUAACUAUAUACCAUUCUCAAACUUAAAGAUAUUUUAUAGAUGGAUUAAGUUUCUUCACUGGAAUGACAAUUGUGAUUGUUUCUCUAUUUGAGGGUUUUUUUGAGAAAAAAAAUCCAAGAACUACAUCUCAGCAGCUAAAUAAGAGUUUUGUCUAUGUUUCUUGCUUCCAAAAUUCACAGUCCUUGUUUUGAGUUAUUCUCAUGUAAUAUAAAAAUAAAUUAAAAUUUUUUAAAUUAUUUUUAGUCAAAUUGAAUAUAUGUAAGAGAAAAAAAAUAAAGUCCUAAUGUUCUUCCCAAUAAUAAACAGUUGCUGCUUGAAAAAGUGA